GAACGUAUUCGUCAUUUUUUCGCCUCUGCUGUUUUGGAGCUUUGAGCCAUGCGCAGGAGCGUGAUGAACAACACCUAUCUGUAGAAGAUACAAAAACGCGCUCUCCUCUCCUCUCUCUCUCUCUCUCACCACCGUCACCACCGUCAACUCACUAGGCCCCAGUCCCCGCGUUCGCUGAGUUGAGACUUGAGAGACCAGCAGCAGCACUGCAGCGGUAGUAGCCGCGGGAGGCAAACUACCACCGACAUCUCUCUCCCACUCCCUCUUGCCUUCUUGCCCUCUUUUCAUUUGCCAUUUUCCUUGGAAUAUCGAAAUUGCAUCGCAACUAAAGUACAUUGACAUAGACAAAGCGAUUCAACGAAAUUAUAUUGUUAUUGCUGCUUCCUGGGAAUCUCUAGGAUACGAAAGGAGGACAUGGCGAUUGGAAGGUUUCGGGCCUUACUCCGAGAUCGGCCUCCCGCCCCUCGCCUUUCUACCUCCAACUCCUCGUCUUUCAAGCUCUUCGCCACUCUCCUCCUCGCCCUCGCCCUUUUCCUUUUCUCCACCCUCUCUCUCCUCCACUCCUCUUCCUCCCAUUCCUCCGAUCUCGACCAGGGCUCUUUUGGUUUGGCCGGCGGAGGACGGUCUAGGAGGUCUGUACUGGCGCUGAAAUCCGAUCCCCUGAAGCCUAGACUCGAUCAGAUUCGAAAGCAAGCCGAUGAUCACCGAUCUUUGGUUCUCGCUUAUGCUUCCUAUGCUAGGAAGCUCAAGCUUGAGAACUCUAAGCUUGUUAGGGUUUUUGCGGAUCUUUCCCGGAACUACACUGAUCUAAUAUCCAAACCUUUCUAUCGCAGUCUGUUUGGCAUGGAUGCUGACUCAAUUGAUGAAUCAGUGCUCAGACAGUUCGAGAAGGAGUUGAAGGAGAGGAUUAAAAUGACGCGGCAAGUUAUCUCAGAGGCCAAAGAGAGUUUUGAUAAUCAACUCAAAAUUCAGAAGCUGAAAGAUAACAUUUUUGCUGUGAAUGAGCAGUUAACCAAGGUGAGGAAGCAGGCUGCUUUCUCAAGCUUGAUUGCUGCAAAGUCGAUCCCCAAGAGUUUGCACUGCGUGGCUAUGAGGCUGAUGGAAGAGCGAGUUGCGCACCCGGAGAAAUAUACUGAUGAGGGGAAGCCUAUGCCACCAGAGUUUGAGGAUCCAAAACUGUAUCACUAUGCCAUCUUCUCUGAUAAUGUGAUUGCUGCCUCCGUAGUCGUAAAUUCUGCUGUCAACAACUCAAAAGAGCCAUGGAAGCAUGUGUUUCAUGUGGUGACUGAUAAGAUGAAUCUGGGGGCUAUGCAAGUCAUGUUCAAGAUCAAGGAUUACAACGGGGCGCACAUUGAAGUGAAGGCUGUCGAAGAUUACAAAUUUUUGAACUCUUCUUAUGUCCCAGUUCUUAGACAGCUCGAAUCUGCAAAUCUCCAGAAGUUUUACUUUGAAAAUAAGCUGGAGAAUGCAACAAAAGAUACGACAAACAUGAAAUUCAGGAAUCCCAAGUAUCUUUCCAUUUUGAAUCAUCUGAGGUUCUACUUACCAGAAAUGUACCCGAAAUUGCACAGGAUCUUGUUCUUGGAUGAUGAUAUUGUGGUGCAAAAGGAUUUGACUGGGCUUUGGAAGAUUGAUAUGGAUGGGAAGGUGAAUGGUGCCGUAGAGACAUGCUUUGGGUCAUUUCACCGGUAUAAACAAUACAUGAAUUUUUCUCAUCCUUUAAUUAACGCUAAAUUCAAUCCCAAUGCAUGUGCUUGGGCUUAUGGGAUGAAUUUCUUCGACUUGGACGCAUGGAGGAGGGAGAAAUGUACUGAAGAAUACCACUAUUGGCAGAAUCUGAAUGAAAAUCGCACACUCUGGAAAUUGGGAACAUUGCCUCCAGGUCUCAUCACAUACUACUCAACAACGAAACCACUAGACAAGUCUUGGCAUGUUUUGGGCCUUGGUUAUAAUCCAUUCAUCGACAAGGCUGAGAUUACCAAUGCUGCAGUUGUGCACUUCAACGGGAAUCUGAAACCGUGGCUUGAUAUUGGCAUGCUUCAGUAUAGGCCCCUUUGGACAAAGUAUGUUGACUAUGAAAAUGAGCAUAUCCAAGCCUGCAAUUUUGGUCUAUAGCUAAUGUUAUGAAGUGACCUGUGUUGAAGGAUUGCCCAAGCAAGUUUUGCCAGCACCUUUUCCUGUGGCCUGCGCACCUCUCUUGCACGUAAAUCAAUUCUAAUGUUUUAUGCCUUAAAAACUUUCUUCUCUGUUCAACUUUCAGCAUUCAUCACUGCUAUACUAGUCUAGAGUUCUACUCCUUAACUGUUCAUAAUGUUUACAGUUGAAAUUUGGGGACUGAAAGUUAAGCUUUAUAGAAUGCUUUUUUUUUUUUCCUAAUUAACAAAUUUGUACUAUUAGAGAUGCGCAAUGAUGUUGUGGGUAAUGGUUACCAAUUUUUUUCAGUUAAAGGUUUAAUUGCUCCCA